GCGUUUGUAGUUGAUAUCAGUGUUUUAGAGAUAAGAAUCAACGGAGAAUUGGUCAAUAUAUCGAACCGAUGCACGCCGUCGCCGUCGCGGCGCGCAUCUCGCUUCUUACAACAUGGCGUGCUAACGUUUCGCGCACACGCAUCUGAGGCGAGCAACGUUUUCGUGUGUUCGGCGAUCGCGCAGCGGGUUGUUUGGUUAGAUCGGUGCGAAAAGCCGCUCCUCGUCGAAGAGGUGUGCGAUUGCCAGCAUCGAUGGUCGUCUAGCGCACGUCCGAAAGGCAUCUGACACUCUGGUGCGUGCCCCCCGUGCGCUUGUUGCGUGUUUGCCUUCCAGAAGACGGCCGCGAUAGGCACGAUGACAAACGCCGCCAACAGCAUCGAGAUCGAGUACGCGGAGCUCAAUCAAAAGGAUGGAUGGCCAGGCUUCUAUCAGCAAAUCCGUGUGGCGUCCGCGAACAACGCCCACGCAGCGACCGAGUCCAUCAAGCCGGAGAACAAGGUGCUGAAUCGCUACCGCGAUGUGAUGCCCUACGACCACAGUCGCAUUGUGCUUAAAAAGGGCGACACCGACUACAUCAACGCUAAUAUAGUGAGCGUGAAACGCGCCGGCCGGUCGUACAUUCUCACGCAAGGCCCGCUCUGCAACACAGUAAGCCAUUUCUGGUUGAUGAUCUGGGAGCAGCGCAGCCGCGCCGUGCUGAUGCUCAAUAAACUCAUCGAGAAGAAGCAGGAGAAGUGUUACCAGUACUGGCCGGCGAAGACCGGCAAGGAUCACAUGCUGAAACUGGACGAUGUCGGGCUGACGGUGGAAUACACCGAAUACCAUGAUUAUUCACAUUAUCUCACGCGUACGCUGCGGCUGACAGACGUGGAGAGUGAAGAAUCGCGCGAUAUUAUCCAGUUUCACUAUACGACUUGGCCGGAUUUCGGCGUGCCGAGCUCACCGACUGCAUUUCUGCAGUUUUUGAGGAAGGUGCGUGAGGCGGGCGUGUUGGAUGAGAAUGUCGGCCCGGCUGUUGUUCAUUGUUCGGCUGGAAUUGGACGAUCGGGGACGUUUUGCUUAGUUGAUUCGUGUUUAGUUUUGAUUGAACAAUUUGGUGUGAAUGAAGUGGACGUGAAGCAAAUCCUCUUGGAAAUGCGUCAGUAUCGGAUCGGGUUGAUUCAAACACCGGAACAAUUGCGUUUUUCAUAUCAAGCAAUCAUCGAGGGCGCGAAGAAACUGCUGAAUAAGAAUUCCAACAACAUUGACGAUGAGAACUGCAACGAAAACGAUACGGAAAUCAUAUGCAACAGCACCGAGGAGGUGCCGGAGGCACACAGUUCCGAUGAAGAGGAGCCGCCGCCUCUGCCUCCACCGCGUAAUGAUAGUCUAAGGAAUGCUGCGGUUGCGGCCGGUGAUAGGCCUCUACCUACAAUACCCAACAGCACGUCACUCAGCGACUUUACUUACGAGGACAGUGAUAGUGAAAAAGAGCCGUGUCCGGAUGGACCAUUACCGACAGUGCCCGGCGAGGAUGAAGAUGGUAGCAGCGUAGACGAAUUAGAGGAUGAGACUGAACAGGACCAAACUGAGAGUCCUCGGUCGGAGGAAUCUGAUAAACCGAACAGCGAAAGAUGUCUAUCGCCGGCGACCGAACUGCGACAACGCAAACGCUUGGAGCGCAACGAGCAGUUGGCGGCGCAAGUGCGCGACAUGAAGCGACGCCAGCAGGCAAACGAGCAGUGGACGCAAUUCAAGAGGUCUCUAUACAAACCAUUUGUCGUAACGGGUUGCAUUGCAAUUACUGGGGGGCUCCUUGCGUACUACUUUUAUUUCAAAGCUUGAUCCGAGAACGACGCCGUUACUUAAAAAAAACACCUAGACGCAAAACAAAACACAACAAACUUUUAAAAAAAUAGAAGAAAGAUUGAGAUGGUUUUCGCGAUUCUGCUUCUUUGUUAUUAUCGAUGGUUAUUAUUCAUUCAUAUCAAUGCGUAAAUUUUGAUUUGAGCGAGAGUUGAAAGUUUGACAGAGAGUUUAUUGCAUAUUAACGCCGUAUUUAUAUAGUAUAUUGAUUAAUAUUAGCUGGACGGACGGAGGAGACACUAUUUUUCACGAUUGUUUUCGGUAGCACAAACACACGCAACGUUGUUGUUGUUGUUCUAAGACUUACUGGCUGCUACAGACGAUGAGGAGUACUUUAUUUAUUAGUUUUUAUGUUACACGAUACGUAUAGAUUUCUAUGCGUGUGUUUUUCUUGUUUCUCGAAACGUAACGCAUCAAAUAUUCCUUAUCUGCGUAUUCCACUAUGAUUAGAACGCGAACUCUGCGCAUUUCUACACAUUCACAUACACAUACACACCAACACCACGCACGCAUAGUUUCUGAUCAUGCAUGCUUUGUUCGUUUUCGGAUCGACGAUUAGAAAAGACUGAUAACGUGUAGCGCGCGCGCUUGCCAUCUAAAUAUUUAUUUAAAAAAAAAAACAGCGUGUUUCAUUCUUCUCUUGUGAUAAAAACAUUUUCCAUGCGCGACCUAUUUUCAUACGAUUUAUAAGACACAAUUUGAUACUCAUAGCUGACUUUUUUAUGAUAAGUGUAACUGGGGGGGAAACGAUAAAUGAGAGAGCGAAGCAAAGGUCAACGUUAAUUGUUAGUUUAAAAGAAAAAAACAAAUAACAGCCACACACAGAACAUUCCUUGGAAAAAGUGCCUAUGCUAAAACAUAAAGUCUAAACUACGAUGGUAAGAGACGCAGACGCCGCAACCAAAACCAGUAGGCAGCUAAUCCGCUUUAUUAUCAUUGCGCUAAAUUGCCGCUUUGUGUUAAUUUAGUGUACAGACGACAAUCGGUGCAGACGAGAGUGCUGCAUCUGCCCGUAAAUUUGAUUCUUUUUUCUUUCAAUGUGAUUACUAGACAUACAUAUUUCAUAAAUAACUCGUAAAAUGAAAUAUUCAAUAAAAAGUAUAUUAAUAAUAA